AUGUCGAAGCAUGAUAUAUGCAGAGAAAAGCAUGAUACAUGCAAGGAACGUACUAACGAGGUUUUGGACAGAAUUGCGGAUUGCAAGUCGAUUCAUGAAAAAACCAAAGAAACCACACCUCGAGCUAGUCCAACGAAUACUAAGACUAUGCUGGAUGUCGUGAUACGAGAAGGUCCACUAUUGAGCAUGUGUUCAAGUUUGGAAAUACCGGGCUUACCGGUGAUUGGGAAUUUACUGCAACUGAGAAACAAGAAACCUUACAAGACUUUUAUUAGGUGGGCCGAGAAAUAUGGCCCAAUCUACUCUAUUCGAGUUGGCUCCAACACACUUGUUGUCCUCAACUCUAUUGAUGUUGCCAAGGAGGCAAUGGUGACUAGAUUCUCAUCAAUCUCGAAGAGAAAGAUGUCAAACGCAAUGAAUAUCAUUUCUUGUGAUAAAAACAUGAUUGCAACCAGUGAUUAUGGUGAAUAUCAUAAGACGAACAAGAGGCAUAUUCUCAAUAGUAUGUUGGGUCCUAAUGCUCAGAAACGACAUCAAAUUAACAGGGAUACCAUGAUAGAAAACACGUUGAAACAAUUGCGAGCUUGUCUGAAAGAGAAUCCUCUGGCAGCUGUGAAUUUCAGAAAAAUAUUCCACUCUGAACUUUUUGGACUGACAUCGAAACAAGUUUUUGGACAUGAUGUGGAAUCUAUAUAUGUCGAGAAACUUCGAACAACAUUGUCGAAGCAAAAUAUCUUCGAAAUUUUAGUGGUCGACCCUAUGAAAGGCGUCCUUGAGGUAGACUGGAGGGAUUUCUUCCCAUAUCUAAAAUGGAUACCGAACAAGUCUUUUGAGAAUAAUGUCGAGCGAAUUUAUUCUCGUAGGCAAGCCGUGAUGACUGUGCUCAUCGACGAACAGAAAAAACGUAUUUCUCGUGGAGAGAAAGUGAAUUGUUACCUCGACUAUUUGUUAUCUGAAGAAAAAACGUUAUCCGAAAAACAGAGGCUCAGGCUAUUAUGGGAGGCCAUAUUAGCAUCAUCUGAUACUGUUUUAGUUGCAACUGAGUGGGCUAUGUUUGAACUUGCUAAAGAUGCAGAACGACAGGACCGUCUAUAUCGAGAAAUUCAAAGUGUUUGUGGAAAUGAAAAAAUCACGGAGAAAAAGUUAGGCGAACUUCCGUUCUUAUCUGCAGUUUUUCAUGAGACUUUGAGAAAGUAUAGUCCAGCUCCUAUAGUUCCUCUGAGAUACGUUCAUGAAGAUACUCAAAUUGGAGGAUAUCAUAUUCGAGCAGGAACUGAGAUUGCUAUAAAUAUCUUCGGAUGUAACAUGGACAAGAAAGUAUGGGAAAAUCCUGAAUGCUGGAACCCCGAGAGAUUUGUUGAUGAAAAAUAUGAAAUGAUGGAUCUACACAAAACGAUGGCUUUUGGAGCUGGAAAAAUGGUGUGCCCUGGUGCCUUAAUGGCAAUGCUGGUAUCUUGCUUGACAAUAGGUCGUUUAGUUCAGGACUUUGAAUGGAGGCUUAAGGAUGGAGAAGAAGAAAAUGUUGAUAUGAUUGGAUUGAUGACUCAGAAGCUUCAUCCAUUGCAUGUCGUUUUAAAGCCAAGAAAUUGACUGAACUAAGUCAUGGAAUUUACUCGGGGCCAAAUCAAGUGUGGUUCAAACUUCAGAUUUCAUGUAUUAUUUUUUUUUUUUCUUGAUACGUUGUUAGAACCUCGGCGAAGCUAUAAUAGCGCCGACUUAUUAUAUUUAAAUUAAAAUUAUUAUUAUAAUUGUUAUUGGUAUUAUCAUUGAAAUUAGUAUAACUAGAAAAAUUAUCUUAAUUAGCAAAGAUUAACAAGAAAUUAA